AUGCCGUCAAUCGGUGAAGAGAAAGGCUCCACCAAGUCCAUUCGCUCAAGUUCUCCAUCAAGCCAUUCGACAGAGCGGCCUGUCUCCGUGCAUGACCAUGAAGAUCAAGAGAAGGUCGUGGCAUUAGGGUCCUUGCCAUUGUCUCCGAGACCCAGCUUUUCCAACAAGGCUGCCUCGAUAGCCACUAAUGGCACGAACAACCCAGAUUAUGAGGUAGAUUGGGAUGACGAAAUUGAUCCCAAGAAUCCAAGGAACUGGUAUCUUGGCUGGAGAUGGACCAAUUGGAUUGUUAUGAUCAUUUCUGGAGUUGCCUUCAUCUUCAUGUGUAUGCUGAAGGAGACUUACGCGCCGGCCCUACUACAGAAGAAGGCUAAGCUUCGCCGAAAGGAGCAGGAUGAUGACCGGUACUGGUCUCGCUAUGAUAACAAGAUCAAGUUUUGGCCGCUCUUGAAAGUCAACCUCAGCCGGCCAUUUAUUAUGGUGUUUACAGAGCCUAUCCGCAGCAUAUUUUGGGAUGUAUACAUAGCGAUCAUCUACGGCAUUCUAUACCUCUGCUUCGUCGCCUAUCCUAUCGUUUUCACUGGUGUCCGGGGAUGGUCCGCUGGUAUAUCCGGGCUUGCGUUUACCGGCCUGGCUGUAGGGUGUUUUCUAGUCAUUGGUACAGAGCCACUGCUUCGAAGAAUGAUCAACUCUCACAAGAAAGACCCUGAGACUGGCAAAGUACCGCCUGAAGCCAUGGUCAGUGUCGUCUGUAUCGCUGCUGUUUUGGUUCCUGUCGGAGAAUUGUGGUUUGCUUGGACCUGCGUGCCUCCGGUACAUUGGAUCUGGCCUAUCUUGGCAGGUAUACCUUUCGGCGCAGGAAAUACCGCAGUCUUCAUAUACGCAUCGAAUUACCUUGCUCAUAGUUAUGGCAGUAAGCUACACCAAUCGCAUUUGAAUAACUCAACGCUGAUGGGAUCUUUGCAGUCUACGCCGCCUCAGCGAUGGCUGGGAACUCGGUCAUUCGAUCUCUCCUGGGUGGCACGUUACCGCUCGCGGGACCAGCACGUAGCCAUUAUACCCAUCCCUGUAUAUUUCUACAGAUACGGACAUAAGAUUAGGAUGAAGAGUGCUCUCAUUCAGAGUAUGCAGCAGGACAAAGAAAAGUUGGAGAGCAAGCGAAGGAGUGGCGUCCGCGCUGCCAAAUUAGAGAAAGUGGAGGAUGAUAUCGCGAAGGUUUAUUCGAAAACCGUAUAA